CCCCAGCUCCCCACAAAUGGCCAAAGGCUCCUGGUGAGGCAAUCUCUCUAUCCUUGGUGCCUUCCUCUCCAUGCUGAGUGAUGGCUUUUUUAUCUCCCGAUGAUGAAACACAGCCUUCAGCUGGAGGUAUUUAAGGCGCAGAAACACACCAUCUGGCUGCAGCUGCAGGGCCCGAGGCCACAACCCUGACAGGCUGAGGAAGCACAGAAGCAGCCAUCCUCCAGGACCACAGGCCACGGCAGGCACCCUCAGCAUCCCCGCCGGACUCCACACCUGCCCCUACUGCCAGGAAAGAUGCUCCUCGCGACGUUUAAGCUGUGUGCUGGGAGCUCCUAUAGACACGUGCGCAGCAUGAAGGGGCUGCGGCAGCAGGCUGUGCUGGCCAUCGGCCAGGAGCUGAACCGGAGGGCCCUAGGGGGCCCAGCCCCAGCUGCGUGGAUUAACCAGGUUCGGCUUCGCGGCUCUCUCCUAGGUUCUCAGCUGGAAGACUCUCUCUACAGCGACCAAGAGCUUGCCUAUAUCCAGCAGGGAGAGGAGGCCAUGCAGAGGGCCCUGGGCAUCCUCAAAGACCAGGAGGGCUGGAAGAAGGAGAGUCGGCAGGCCAACGGGGAUGAGGUGCUGAGUAAAGUGAUCCCUGACGUGGGCAAGGUGUUCCGGUUGGAAGUGGUGGUGGACCAGCCCAUGGAGAGGCUUUAUGAAGAGCUUGUGGAGCGCAUGGAGGCCAUGGGCGAGUGGAACCCCAGUGUCAAGGAGAUCAAGGUCCUGCAGAAGAUUGGAAAAGACACGAUCAUCACUCACGAGUUGGCUGCAGAGGCGGCAGGAAACCUCGUGGGUCCCCGAGACUUUGUGAGCGUGCGCUGUACCAAGCGCCGGGGCUCCAUGUGCGUGCUGGCUGGCACGGCCACACUCUACGAGGAGAUGCCCCAGCAGAAGGGUGUCAUCAGAGCUGAGCAUGGCCCCACCUGCAUGGUGCUCCGCCCCCUGGUUGGAAGUCCCUCAAGGACCAAACUCACCUGGCUGCUCAGCAUUGACCUCAAGGGAUGGCUGCCGAAGACCAUCAUCAAUCAGGUCCUCUCGCAGACCCAAGUGGAUUUUGCCAAUCACCUGCGCAAGCGCCUGGAGUCCUGCCCGGCUCUUGAAGCCAGGUGUUGAAGGCCAGCCUGCGGCUCCACCGGCUCCCAGCUGAAUGGGUUUGAGGGCUCACGAGGAGGUCCCUGCUGGAAGCCUCCAAAUUUGUUAAAGAUCUCACCUGAGGACGGUGGGACAGGGUGGUGGCGCAUUUUCAGUAAGAUACUACAGCUCAGCUACUACAGUAGCAUUUUAGUACCAAGAGAAUGGGGACAAGGCUCUUCGAACUUCACUCACUGAUUUGUGACUUUUUUCUUGGGUCCUGACAGCAUCUACCUAAAAAUAUCUUGAAAAUGCUACCAGUUAAGGAAUGCAGGGUGCAGAGGGUGCAAACACAAGGAUCAGGUUGUCAAGCUUGAGAAGGUCAAGAGGUCUGCAGGCAAUGUGUGCAGAUAGUGGUCUUACACAGGGCCUCCCGCAACCCUCUGCUCCUCUACCAAGCGGGUGGAUAGCUGUACCAAAGAGUAAGCAACUCCCACAGCAGAUGGCUUCUAGAAUGGAAAAAAUACAGAACUAUCAGAUUGAUUCCCGUACUUCUUCCAUGACAGGAGUCAGAAUAAAGAAUUGUAACUAACAUAAAAACUUUGUUAGUCUGUACCCAAUUUAAAAUUCUACUCUUUUAAAAUCCAUGAUAGUAAAUGGCAAGCUCAUACUAAAGGAGCCGUGGAUAAAGAUUUUAAUUAAACUAAAUCUCUUCAUUCAAAGGAAAAACUCCAGGGGACUUAAGUCUUUCAAUUAUGUAGGAUCUGUUACCAGAAUCUUUCAUAAAAAUUUAAUUUGGACAAUAUGCACAAGACUAAAUCAGUUCUUAAAAGAACUCUAUAGCUGGUAGCUGAUUAAUGGGCAUUGGAAGAUGAUUUUGACUGAAGAUUUUUAUUUACCUAAGGACAGAAUCAAAAGUGAAUGACUGAAUGGUAUCACUGAGAAAAAUCAAAAAGCAAAUUUUACUACUUUCCCAUUAGUUGCUUGUUUAGAUCUGAAACAGCAACUGAAUCUUUAGUCUGGAGUCUAUUCUGUCCUUAGCUUGACUCGGGGCUGCAAUUUCUCUGCUUUAACAGGUCAACGUCUUACCAUCUUGGAGGAGAUGGCUAGGAGAAGGUGUGAUAGCAUGAGAGCAAAAUCCCUUUCCAAGGUCUGAGAAUUGGUGCUCUAAACAUCUAAGCUGAGAUGGGGUUAUCUGGCUAAAAUACAUAUACAGGAUGAAAACCCAACCAUUACCACUUGUAGUGUUUCCAUUCCAGUGAUAACAGCAUUGAUGAUUUAUACCAUGUGGAAUGUCAUGCUAGCUAAUUAAACAAAUUACCAGUAACAGAAAUGCUGGUAUUUAUUGAGGCAUUGAGACUGUACAACUGAUACAGGUAUUUAUUAAUAUUUAUUGUUUCUUAGUAGUCUAUUUUUGGCAUAGAUGAAAUUAUGUUUCUCCACCCUGGAAGCUUCAGAGAAGGAAUAACAGUGAAGUAUUUCAAGAACAGAAUUCUCCACUCCCAGCUAAGAGAAAGGGUUGCUUGUUGAAAGGUGUGUACAGCAACACAUGCUCUGGUUUCGAGAGAACAGACUAACAGUGAAGAAAUGGGCUUUCAACACACACCAUGUUUGCCUUUUUCAAACUACGCUACUGUGUCUUUAAGGGGCCUGGGGAGAUCUUUUCUCACUUGUUUGAUUUUUCAUUGGAAUAAAAUGAGUUGUCAGUGA